AUGGCUAGUCUUUCUCGAGCUGCGUUCCCGGUGCGGCUUCUCGCUGCUACCCAGCAGAAUGCUCCGCUGUGCCGGCACUUCCACUCGUCGCCCUGGAUGGCUGCCGUGGCGCACCCCGUCACGGCCCAUGGCCCUCCGCCCAAGGCGCCUGCGCCUGCGCCCGAGUUCAAGGCGAAUGCCGCGACACAUACAGUGACCGAGCCGGCGGAAGAGGGUCAGCAAUCAUUACCACUGAAGAGGCCUUCCGUGCUGAAGAAGCGUUUCUGGAAGGACGUCCAUGUCCACGGAAAGCCCGGUGAAUAUCAAGUCCUGCUGGACAAGCGCCCUGUGCGGACACCCAGCAAGGAUGUCCUCUCGAUCCCGCCGACCAAGCCACACCUGGCCCAUGCCAUCGCCCUCGAAUGGGACGUCAUGACAUCCGCCCAGCAGGCUCUGAAAAGCCACUUAAUCCCACUCACCUCCCUCUCCGCGCGCGCAGCGGACAUUGCCCGCGAAGAUGCUGCGGGCGACACCACCACUCGUGAUCAGAUCGUCGUCACGGCGAUGCGGUACCUGGAUACGGACACGCUGCUGUGCUGGGAGCCGGAGCGGUCCGCGCACGCGCUGGAGCGGGUAGGCGAGGACGCACCGACUGAGAGCCUCCGGGAUAUCCAGAUGCGCGUAGCCAAGGAUAUCAUGAGCUUCCUGUCGACCAAGGUGUGGCCGGGACUGGAAAUCGUGCCCAUCCUUGACACUGAGAGUAUCGUUCCCGUGUCGCAGCCGCGGGCUACUAAGGACAGCAUCCGCACGUGGGUGUCCGAGCUAGACGCGCACGACCUGGCCGGACUCGAGCGCGGCAUUCUCGCCACGAAGAGCUUGCUGGUUGCUGUGCGGUUGCUGGUGGAGUGGAGUGAGAACUUCCGGCAUAUCCAGUCGCCCAGCGCGAAGAAGUUCGGCCUCGUGGAGGCGGCUGAUGCGGCGAAUUUGGAGGUGAAGUGGCAGACGGAUAUGUGGGGGGAGGUGGAGGAUACGCAUGAUGUUAAUCGGGAGGACCUGCGGAGGCAGUUGGGCAGUGUGGUGGUGCUGGUGAGCGGCGAGACGAGGCCGCGCCGCGCCAAGGCGGAGCAGCGAUCAGGGUCGCUUUCCCUCCUCUUCCCCCCCUCCUCAACAAGUCGUGGCAAACCAAAUUUCUCCCCAGGCUUCGUGGCCCAAAUCCCAAAUCCUCCUCAAUCUGUCCAUGCCCCUGAGAGGUUAAACAUGUCUGACAGACUUGAAGGCUCACCACCGCAGCACCAGCCGCCACAGUCGGAGGAAGCCUCCCUCCCCCCCUCCCCCCUCCUCGAUCAUAUUCCUUCCAACACCAGUCACCAGAGCGCCGACGCAAUGGAAAAGCUGCCCUCCAGCGCCCUGACUGAGAGCGGCAGCUUGUCUCUCGAUCAGUCCGUGCGAACCUUCCGCUUGUUCGAGAUCCUGCGCAGCGGCGACACCACCGCCAUCUCAAAGGCCAUCCGGGAAUCGAGCGACCCCCAGGAGGCGAACAGCUUGUACGGCACCACGAUCCUCCACCUGGCCUUGCAGUGCGCCGAGCCCCAGGUUGUCGAAUUCAUCCUGUCCUCCGGCGAGGAUUUGGAUAUUAAUGCGCGGGACCGCGAUGGAAACACCCCACUGCACUUGGCUGCCCAGCUUGGCCGGGUCCCCCUUGUCAAGGAGCUACUGAGCCGGCCUUCCGUCAACGACGCGAUCGUCAACUACCGCGGCCAGACCGCGCUCGAUGUCGCCCGCACCCCCGAGAUCUUCCAGCAGCUCCAGCUGGCCCGCUCCCUCUUCAUCGACAGCAAGACGCAAGAGAUCCAGGCCCUGGUCGCAAAGGGUGACUACGAUAGCCUGGAGAAAUUGCUCGAGGAGCCGCGGGUCGAGGGUAUCAUCGAUGUCAACAGCCUAGACUUGGUCACGGACCCCACAACCAUGCAGUCUGGUGGGACCCUGCUUCACGAGGGCGCCCGCAACAAGAAUGUGCAGCUCAUUGAGCUACUUUUGACGCACGGUGCGGAUCCUUUCCGCCGUGAUAAAAAGGGGAAACUGCCGCAGGAUGUCACCAAGGAUGACAAGACUCGGGCGAUGUUGAAGAAAUCCCCGGCCGCUGCGAUUGCUCAGCGCGGCAUCCAGGAGAAGGCGAUUCUUGGAAAUAGCAACGCCCAGGGCUUGUCUGGCCGUGUCUCGAUUGGAGAGGCGACGCCCCUGGCUGGCAAGGAUGCCCGCGAGAUGAAGGGUUAUCUCAAGAAAUGGACGAAUUACACGAGUGGCUAUAAGCUGCGGUGGUUUGUUCUCGAGGAUGGUGUUUUGAGCUAUUAUAAGCAUCAAGAUGAUAUCGGCUCUGCCUGCCGUGGCGCUAUUAACAUGAAGAUUUCCAGACUGACUAUGGAUGCCCAAGAUAAGACUCGCUUCGAGAUUCACGGCAAAUCGUCUGUCAAGUAUCAUCUUAAGGCGAACCAUGUUGUUGAGGCCAAGCGCUGGUUCUGGUCUUUGAACAAUGCCAUUCAGUGGGCAAAAGAUGAAGCCAAGCAGGAGGAGCGGCAACGUUCGCAGAACGCGGAGGCUCUGCGCCAGGCGAAAAUGGAUCAGGUUGAGGGACGUUCGACUGGAACUCCCUCCGAAUCUGGUCUGAGUCACAGGCCGAGUACAAAGGGGUUGGCUCCUCCGUCUCUGGCGGUUCCCAGUGGCAGCAUGACGAGGCUUAGUACCCACGCAUCGCGCACUACCCUUGAAACCUUGCCUGGGGAUGAAGACAGCUCCCCUUAUGGCUCAUUCGACCGGAGUACCAGUCCGAAUGAAGUGAACCGCGUGGUCAGCCAUGCCACGAGUGUGCCCGACGCCGAAGGCGAAGGCGAUGACUAUGGGGACUAUGCUUCCAGUCACGAGGAGACGCCUACUGAGGACAAAGAUGCCCUCAACAUCACCGCACAGUCAGCGAAGCUCCAGUUGGAUCUUCUUGCAAAUGUUGCCGCGUCUCUGCAGGCCGAACGAGCCAAGAACCCUGAAAUGUCGAUUGCGAACCCAGCUAUCGAGCAGGCCCUUGGCGCCUAUGAAGCUGCCGUCAAUAGCCUCAAGGGCCUGUUGCAGAAUCUCAUCAAGAUCUCGCGGGAUCGCGACUCCUAUUGGCAGUACCGGUUGACCCGGGAGGAGGAUCUCCGUCAGAUGUGGGAAGAGAGCAUGGCCCGCGUUGCCCAAGAGCACGAGGAACUGCAGUCCAAGAUGGGCGAGUCUGAGGAGAAGCGCAAGCGGACUAAGAAGGCGCUGAAGGAAGCACUCGAGAAUGCCACGGCAAGCAGUCGCUCCAUCUAUGGGCCACCGCCUCGCAUGCCGACGGACGAUUCUACGACGUUGGAGUCCGGCCUGCCCGAGAUUCGCGCCCCGAGCACUGUCCAGGAAGAGGAGCUGCCUCCUGUGUCUAUUCUAUCUCGCAAGCCGUCUGUUCUGUCUCAGAUCAGUAGCCUGUAUGACUCCGAGUCGGAAGGCGACGAGUUCUUUGAUGCCAUCGAUGCUGGUGAGAUUGAGGUGGAGGAAUUGCAGGAUAGCAUCGAGAAGGAGGAACCUCAGGAUGAAAGUGCGCAGGCUCGAGCUGACAAGCUCGCCUUGGUCAAGCCUUCUUUCAGAGGUUAUGAGGAACCCGUGCGCCAGCGACUCAAGAUGGACAAUGAUGACCGACCCAAGAUUUCUCUGUGGGGUAUUUUGAAAUCCAUGAUUGGGAAAGACAUGACGAAGAUGACUCUGCCUGUGUCUUUCAACGAGCCCACUUCAUUGCUUCAGCGUGUCGCCGAGGACCUGGAGUACACUGAUCUUCUUGAUAUCGCUGCGGACCGCUCGGACUCUAUGGAGCGCCUGGUAUAUGUCGCCACAUACGCCGCCAGUGAGUAUGCUUCGACCAUCGGCCGUGUGGCCAAGCCGUUCAACCCGCUCCUUGGUGAGACUUUCGAGUACGUGCGGCCCGAUAAGGGCUACCGGUUCUUUGUGGAGCAGGUUAGCCACCAUCCGCCAAUUGGUGCUGCGUGGGCUGAGUCGCCUAAGUGGGAUUACUGGGGCGAGUCUUCUCUCAAGUCCAAGUUCUACGGAAAGUCGUUCGACAUCAACCUCCUGGGUACCUGGUUCCUCAAGCUGCGCCCUGUUACCGGUGGCGAGGAGUUAUACACAUGGAAGAAGGUCACGUCUUCUGUGAUUGGCAUCAUCACCGGAAACCCCACGGUCGACAACUACGGUCUGAUGGAAAUCAAGAACUGGACCACCGGCGAGGUCUGCUACCUCGACUUCAAGCCUCGCGGCUGGAAGGCCUCGUCCGCCUACCAAGUCACUGGCAAGAUCGUGGACCCGUCCGGCUCUCCGAAGUGGAGUAUCGGCGGCCGCUGGAACGACAAGAUCUACGCCCGCCACACGCCCGGCUUCGAGGCCCCGGUCUCCGGCCAAGAUCCCGAGUCAGCUAAGACCUUCUUGGUCUGGCAGGCCCACGCCCGACCGACCGGUGUGCCGUUCAACCUGACUCCCUUUGUCAUCACCCUGAAUGCCCUACCCGAUGGUCUGAAGGAUUGGCUGCCCCCCACGGAUACCCGCCUGCGCCCCGACCAGCGCGCGAUGGAGGACGGCGAAUAUGACCUUGCAGCCACCGAGAAGCACCGUGUCGAGGAGAAGCAGCGUGCCAAGCGAAGAGAUCGCGAGGCUAGGGGCGACAUCUAUCGGCCGCAGUGGUUCGUCCGAGACAGGUGCCCCGUCACUGGGGAGCAAUUCUGGGCUCACAAUGGCAAGUACUGGGCCAGCCGGGAUACGCAGGAUUGGAGGAGCUCGGAAGAUAUCUUCUAA